UGAUACUUGUGGUUACUUUUUCUUACGUUCAGGUUAUUACGUCUUGACAUUAUUUCGUUUACUUUUCCCCAGUAGUGUCAGUCAUUUGCAUGCAUUGAAUGAUAACAAUUUUUUAGAAAGAGCUUGGUGAACAUUAUUUUCGACGGAAGUAGCUAGCAGGUUAUUAGCAACAAGCUAACAUUAGGUUAUAUAGUUAGCCAUCGCUAGCUUAAAGACACCCUUUGGACUUGGUUUCACAUCGGAAAUAACGAUUUGUUUUGUGGACGAAUGAUGGAGGCGACGGGGGCAUGCGGUAUUGAUGUGGCUGCUGUGAGGGGACUCGUCGAAGGCAGUAGCUCCCCUCCUAACUCUGAUAACCGAUGCGUGGACAACCUGGAAGAUUUUGUUGAGACGAUGACAAGCUGCUGUAUACAGGAAGAGAGGGGCGAGACACCCGGACGCGAGGACUGUCAGAUUGACCCCCUCGUUGGUGAGCUGGAUAGGGCUUCUGAAAAGAAAAGAAAAGGGUUGGGGAAAGAAGUGGUUUUGUUAAUGCAAGCUCUGAACACCUUGGCCACACCAGAGGAGAAACUAGCCGCCUUGUGUAAGAUGUAUGCUGACCUGCUGGAGGAGAGCCGCACUAUGCAGAAGCAGAUGAAGGUCCUGCAGAAGAAGCAGACCCAGCUGUCCAAGGAGAAGAUGCACCUCCAGGGCGAACACAGCAAAGCCAUCCUGGCCCGCAGCAAGCUUGAGAGUCUGUGCAGGGAGCUGCAACGCCAUAACAAGACACUGAAGGAGGAGAACACACGGAGCUCACGGGAGUAUGAGGAGCAACGGAAGGAGGCCACACUGCAUUUCCAGGUGACGCUGAAGGAGAUCGAGAACCAGUUGGAGCAGCACCGGCUUCACAACCGCAAGCUGCGGCAGGAGAACAUAGAGCUGGCAGCGAAGCUCAACAAGAUCAUCGAGCAGUACGAGCUACGGGAGGAGCAUAUUGACAAGGUGUUCAAGCACAAGGAGCUGCAGCAGCAGCUGGUGGAUGCCAACCUGAAGCGCACAGCAGAACUGAUGAAGCAGGUGGAGGACCGGCAGCAGCGGGAGAGAGAGCUGCUCUUAAGAGACGCUACAGAGACGAGACACAAAUGUGAACUGAUGAAGGAGCAGGAGAUUCAACUCAAACAGCAGCUUUCCCAGUACAUGGACAAGUUUGAAGAGUUUCAGACAACUCUUGCCAAGAGUAAUGAGGUGUUCUCCACAUUCAGACAGGAGAUGGAGAAGAUGACCAAGAAAAUAAAGAAGUUAGAGAGGGAGACGACAUUGUGGCGCACCAAAUGGGAGACCAACAACCAGGCGCUGCUUCAGAUGGCCGAGGAGAAAACCCUGCGGGACAAGCAUUACAAAGCUCAGCAAAGCAAAGUGGAGCGGCUAGAGAAGCUGUGCCGGGCCCUGCAGAAGGAGCGCACCGAGCUCAACCAGAAGCUGACGUCCAUGCAGGGGAAGGAGCCGGUAGAGGAGGGAACGGGGCCUCCCGACCCCCAGCCAGAGACACCCCACGGCAGCUGCUCCCCUGAGCCAGAAGCAGAAGCGGAGCCGGUGGAGCAGGUGGAGCCCGUGCCUGGGACAGAGGAGCCAGGUCUCCAGCCUGACGGAGAGCCCUCCUCCCUCCCCACCAGGCAAUUAGUCGACUGAGCCAGGCCCCUCCAGGGCUGC